AUGGAUGGCCCCGAGGCGGCGACGCACUACCAGGUCCUGGGCGUGUCCAAGCAGCUCCUCGACAACGCCAAGGAUGCGCAGCCGCUGGUGAGGCUCGCGUACCGCAGGGCCCUGCUGCGGCACCACCCAGACAAGGCCGCAGCAGCAACAGCAGCAGCAGCCGCAUCAUCCUCCUCGCCCCCACCACCACCACCACCACCACCACGCAGGCCACAAACCCACGUGCCCGGCGGCCCCGGCCCCGGCCCCGGCCCCUCCCCGCCCCCGCCCGCCUUCACCGUCGACCAGAUAGCGGCGGCGGCGGCCGUGCUGGCCGACGCGCGGCGCAGGGGCGACUACGACGCCGCCCUCCGCGCCCACAACCACAACCACAACCACCAGCAGCAGCAGCAGCAGCAGCAGCAGGGCGGGGCGGGCGGCGGCCAGGCUGACUUCCAGACGGGCAUCGAGACCCUGGACCUGGACGACCUCGGGUUCGACGAGGUGCGCGGCGUCUGGUUCCGCGGCUGCCGGUGUGGCAACGAGCGCGGCUUCGAGCUCGCCGAGGACGACCUCGAGCCCGCGGCCGACGCCGGCGAGCUCGUCGUGGGCUGCCGCGACUGCAGCCUGUGGCUCAAGGUCCACUUCGCCGUUGUGCUGUAGCAGGAUGGCGGCAGCGGUGGUGGUGGUGGUGGUGGUGAGCGGUGAGGACCAGCAUGCGGCCACUGCUACUGCCCCAUGAAGCAGCAGCCCAACCCCGUCUUGGCUCUGUGACAGCAACCUGGUGGGUUGGCUGUCCCUGCAUGAACUAGGGGAACAAGCGGAGGCCUGCAAAAAUACUGCUGCUUGGCACACAUCUACACAACCAUCUGGCCGAAUCAAGCCUAGACACAUACAUAGGCUAGAAUAGGCAGUAUCAAUAUGAUUGGGAACCAACGAGUUUACCCAGCUUGCCCGACAGAAGGCGUGGGAAUACGAGGAUAGAUAGGCUUGCUGUGCUCUCUUUUCUCGCCUCGAUCGCAUAAUCAUCACACCAACGCAGGCCCGGAGCAAAUCGACAAACAACGAAGCACCGUUACGCCUCUAAAAGGGAUGGCAUGAUGGGAAUCGGAAUUUUGGGAAUUUAUUGUCCAGGCGAUCCUUCCACAGCAUUAGAGUCUAAAAAAAGAAAACAAGCAGUCUGAAUGUGGCCUCCAAAAUGCUCGUCUUUUUAUCCGUUGCUGGAUGAAUGGAAGCGC